GAGGGAGAAACCUAAGCCUACCCUGCCAGCAUUCCACCUUCUCCUAAAACUCUGCAGUUCUAUUACUGAAAGAAAAGUGAGAAGGGCAGCAGAGAGGACAGGGUUUAUUCACACAUAAUUAGGCUUCAAAGGACAAGAAAGCUUGCUGAAGAGCUCUUAGCUUUUGGGUUUCAGGCACCUGUGUCAGUCCAGACCAGGAACUGUUUUAAAAUAAAUCUCCUGAGUCAUAACAUAUUUAAAAAGGAACGGCAGUAGACAGGGUGGUUCACGACUCAAAGCACAGCAAGUUUCGCUGCUGAUACAGAGAAAAGAGAGCCACACAGCUGAUGCUUAAAGCACCAAAGAAGCAAGUACAGGCGAAGCUCAGGCUUUGUAACCAGCUCCCACCAUGGGUGACAGUGCUUGGGUGGGCACCUGGAGGCCUCAUCGUCCAAGGGGCCCAAUAAUGGCCCACUUUACCAGCCCAGGACCAAAGUACUCAAUACAGGGAACAACAGGUUACCUGAAGCACAACCCCACCAAAAGGAAAGCCCCUGCCUACACUUUUAAGGGGGCAAGGCCCUUGCUCCAUGAAGCCUGUUCUCCAGGUCCUCGUUACUAUGUGGAGCCCUCAAUGACCAGGAAGGGAAAGGAAACUGCCCCAGCUUAUACCAUGUGUGGGCGCCCCAACGUGAAAACUGAGGUCACACCUGGCCCAAGCGAUUAUUCACCAGAGAAGUCAAAAAAGCAUGUUUAUGAAUCUGCUCCUGUGCACUCCAUAUCAUUCAGGACUAGGAGCUUCAGUGUAGACAGCACUCCAGGUCCUGGCGCAUACACUAUUCCUCGGGUGAUGGGACCCAACACAGUAGACAAAACUGCUAGCCCUUGUUAUUCCAUGAAAUGGAAGAGUAAGCUUGGUCGCUUUGAUGAGGAUCUGCAUAAGACCCCGGGUCCAGCUGCAUAUAAAAAGACAGAAGUUGAUGUGUACAAAAAGAGAGCCCCCAAGUACAGCAUGAGCUCCCGGACUAAGCCUGCAGGAACUGUUAGACAUCCUGGACCAGGAGACUAUUAUCCCGGAAAGGUAACACUGACCAAGCCUUGCGCCCCAGUUGUUAGCUUCGGAAUCCGACACUCUGAGUAUACAAUGCCUUUGAUAGUGGAUGUCUAUUGACCUUCACGCAAGCUGCCUUACAGAAACUACAUUUAUUUUUCUAUAUCAUGUUGCUUUAUAUUUUAAAGCUGCCAGUUUUUUAUACAAGUUCUUAUAAUUAACGAUCAUCUAUCUUCAAACAAAUACGUUUCUACAAAUUCUAGCACUAAAGGAUGACAAAUAUUCAGAAAAUGAUCACUUGCAAUAUUUUAACUUGCCUCUGGCUAUGAAGGAAUUUUUCAUAUCCCCCCCUUAAUGAAGAGGACAUGUUGAAGCUAGCAGUAUUACCCUGGCGUUUGGAUCUUGCUGUAUCUACCUGCUGAGAGUCUGAACGCUGGCAUUAGCGCAUUGAAGCAUCUGGAUCCUGUGUUUCAGAAACUGGGAAUUCACAACUGUAUACAUAAAGAGUCACUCAGUUUUGUACUACUGAACUAUUUUGUUUUACUCCUGUGAUGACCCUCACUGUAUGUGUCAUUUAUCCCUUUGAUUGUGUUCUAUUGCAGUAUCAGCAUGUAAAGAAAAUAAAUCAGGGAGUCACUAUUUAUGUCAAAGUAGCUGAAUACUUCACUCUACCUUUAGAUGGAGUUACAGAGUAAAAUUUAAAGGGAUACUGGGGGGUUAAAACAAGUUCUUAGAUAUGUUACAUCUUUAGAUUAUUAAAACAAA